AUGCAGCUCAGAGCUUUUGCAUUCCUUUGCCUGGUGAUUUCAGUCGGUGCGCAGAGGAGUUACAGACUGACCUGUUAUCUGGAUGUUUUAACACACCGCACACAUGAGGGGCCGUGCUCUCACAUCAUCCUCCCCUUGACCCCCACUGAUGAUGACCUUUACCUCCAAAGCUUGUCAGAAGAUGACAGUGUUACUAUUAGAAUGAUGAAAGAGAGAAAUCCAACUUUGAAGAUUUUGCUUGGCUUGGAAAUCAAAUCAUCAAGGUUGGAGCUGAUGUCUGCUAAUGAGGCCGGUGUUGAGACUUUUGUUCAAACGGUAUUGACAUACUUAAAGCACAAGAGUUUAGACGGUGUAGACGUGACUUGGCUGGAUGGCUCUUCUUCUGAUGAAUCUAGCAGAACCAUAGAGCUAUUCACAAAUUUUCUGAAGAGUCUUAAAGGCGCGUUUGAAGGAGAAACCCAGCCUCUACUUCUGUCAGUGUCUGUACUAGAGCGUGCUGACCACAGUGCAGUCACUUAUAAUGAGCCAACACUUUCACAGUACGUGGACUUCAUAUCCAUUCUGCCGGCUCGCCUCGAAAAGGAUGGACCAUACAUUGUAAAUUACUCAAAUUUCUUACAAUUUGACCAGCAAGUUGACCUGCAAAAGCUCAAUCUAGCCAUGCCUGCUUUUCUACGGCGGUCACAUAGAAGGCAUCACCACAGGGAUCACCUCAAGCAUGAUGACAUGAAUACAGAGACAGGAAGGAAGGAUCACAUCCACGUUUUGGGCUUAUACCUGGGCGAUCAGGUGUGCCAGGCCAUUAAAAGUGGACAAGAGCGGUUCAUUACUUUAACAAGUCUCUCAAAUGAGCAAAGUCUUGUAGCAGAGGUGCUCCAGAAAGGCUUUGGUGGCAUAGGAGUUGUCUUGAUAGAUCUGGACGUCUUCUAUAACUCCAUGUGUGCAAACAUUACUCUGGAAGAACGAGCAAUGGUUGAAUCAAAGGUGAUUAUGCAUUCGCGUCAUGAACACCGACGUCAUGAGCAUGGUGGUCGUCAUCACAGGAGGAACCAUCACCAGCAUCAUCACUCUCAUCUUCCUUACGGCAGCCAUGGUCACCAUCACCAUGGACGCCAUCAACAUGGACAUCAUCAUCAACAUAGUCAUCGUCACCAUCACCAGGGACAUCAUCAACAUAGCCAUCGUCACCAUCAUCACCAUCAGCAUAGUCCAAUAAUUCCUCAAAGCAACAAAACACUGGAGGAACGGCAGGGCAUGGAGUGAACUUAAUACAUAUAAUGCAUAUGAUGAAUAUUAAUGAGACUUGCUUUAUAUAUA